AUGCCAUCGAGGUCAAGAGCGGCUCGCCGGGCCGAGCCAGAGCACAAGCACAAGCCGAAAAGUCACAGUGUGGAAAAAGAUGAAAAGAAGCCUAUUGAAGAGCUCGAGGUUGACUCCAAGAGGCUCUCAGAAAUAGACCCAUCGCAGCAGAAAACAUACAGCAAGUACUGCACAUUCAUGACUAUUCUUGCGGCGGCAGUGAGGUUCUGCUUCAUCUGGUAUCCGAGCGAAGUUGUGUUUGAUGAGGUGCACUUUGGAAAAUUCGCUUCUUACUACCUUCAGAGAACGUACUUCUUCGAUCUUCACCCCCCAUUUGCAAAGCUGCUCAUUGCAUUUGUCGCAUACUUGUCCGGAUACGACGGCAAGUUCAAGUUUGACGAUAUUGGAGACUCGUACUUGACCCAUUCCGUGCCUUACAUCCCAAUGCGUGCCCUUUCUGCCGUUUUCGGAACUUUCACAGUUACACUUGUGUUCAACAUCAUGAAAGAGUCCGGAUACUCAGUUCUCACGUGCAUCUUCACCUCAGCAUUGAUUGCACUCGACAACGCCCACGUUGGAGAAACCAGGUUGAUCUUGUUGGAUGCAACACUCAUCUUUUUUGUUGCUGCUUCCAUCUACUGCUACAUCCGGUUCUACAAGCAGAGAAAGCAGCCUUUCUCCAGGGACUGGUACUUGUGGCUCUUCCUGACUGGUCUCUCGCUUUCCAGCGUUAUUUCCACCAAGUACGUCGGCGUUUUCACAUACGCAUCGAUCGGAAUAGCCGUGGUUUACGACUUGUGGCAGAUUCUAGACGUGAAACGUGGAAAUACGCUCCGGAACUUCGCCAAGCACUUCACUGCCCGCCUCAUGCUGCUCGUGGUGAUCCCCUUCUGCGUGUAUCUCUUCUGGUUCUGGGUCCACUUCACUGUUUUGUCGAAAUCCGGACCGGGCGACAACUUCAUGACUCCAGAGUUCCAGGAGACACUUGGAGACUCGGUGUUGGCCAAAGAGGCCAAAGAUGUCCAUUAUCACGAUGUGAUCACCAUCAAGCACAAGGACACUGAGUGCUUGCUUCACUCGCAUCUCUACAACUACCCUCUCCGGUACGAAGAUGGCCGAAUCUCGUCCCAGGGCCAGCAGGUCACGUGUGUCAACGAUUUUAACGACACAAACAACUACUGGGAGAUUCUUCCCUCGGAUAUGUCUCCACAGAGCAUCAACAAGACGUCCCCUGUGCGCGAAGGUGACUCUUUCAGGCUCAGACACGUGAAAACUAACGGAUAUCUCCUCACUCACGACGUUGCCUCACCUUUCUACCCCACAAACGAGGAAUUUACCGUUGUUCCGGCCCAGAUGUUGAACCAGAGCAACAACAUGAACGACACGGUGUUCAAAUUUGAUCCGGUGGACAAACGGCCGGGAAAUGUUCUCAAAUCCAAGGCGUCUUUCGUGAAAAUCCGCCAUGUUCCAACCGUUGUUGCCAUGUGGACACACAACGACAAGCUUCUCCCAUCCUGGGGGUUCAACCAGCAGGAGGUGAACGGAAAUAAGGAGAUCAAGGAUGCCUCGAACAUCUGGUACGUCGACAGCAUCAUCGGAUUGACUGGUGCAAGGGCGCUCUACUUGCCAAAGCAGGUCAAGAAGCUGCCAUUUUUGCGUAAGUGGAUUGAGUUGCAAGGCGAGAUGUUCAAGCAGAACAAUGAGCUUUCUUCCGAGCAUCCGUACGCUUCCGAGCCCCAAGAUUGGCCGAUGUGUCUCUCUGGAGUCUCUUUCUGGACGAAAAACGAUUCUAGACAGCAGAUCUUCUUCGUGGGAAACAUCCCUUGCUGGUGGCUCGAGUGCGUUUGCAUGUCGUGCUUUUUGGCAAUAGUUGCUUUGGAUCUCGUCACCAGAAGAAGAGGAGUCUACAUGUUGAACGAGCGGGCCAGAAAAAGAGUCUACAUGAACAUCUCGUUCUUUUUCGCAGCCUGGGCUUGCCACUACUUCCCAUUCUUCCUGAUGGGCCGCCAGAGAUUCUUGCAUCACUACCUACCUGCUCACUUGCUGGCUGCCCUUCUUUCUGGGGCCAUCAUCGAGUUUCUAUUCACAAAUAACAGGACUGCCGAGUUCACGGGCGACCGGAAAUCCAUCGGAAAGAUCUCUGUCUACAAGUACAGAGCUGUUAUCGUGGCUUUAUUGGCUGCUGUGGUUUGGGGAUUCGUGUUCUUUGCACCUAUCACCUACGGAAACGUGUCCUUGUCCGUUGAGGAGGUCAAGAAGAGACAGUGGAUGAACAUGAAGCUACACUUCACCAAAUGA